AUGGACACACCUCCAUAAAAUAAUUACAAACAUAAUGCUGAUGAUAAUUAUAGACAUGAUCUUUGUUAAAAAAUCCAAACAAAAACUGGAAGUAAAAUUAAAUAUUUUAUAAGAAUUGACUCAAAAUUAAUAAGCAAAAUAAUUUUCAGAAAAAGAUCAACUCUAAAAGAUGUAGAAUGAUUUAAGGGGACAAUUAAAGUAUAUUGAUGAAACAAAUUGGAUGUUUGAGGGAUUGAACAAUGCAAAUGAUAAUUUUUGA